AACCGACACUCGAAUCAUAAGCAUUUCUAAUUCUAACCGUGAUCAUAAAAAUACAUUGUGAUUUGUGAAUAGUGAAUACUGAAUUGAAUUGUGAUAAUAUAAUAUUAUUCUUCAAAAUGGCGAUAAAAUACUGAGGACUGAUGAUCGUUAAAUGUUUAUUGUAUAAUACAGUGAUUUGUUUACUGUGCCAGCGUGAACUGAGUGACGAAGUUACUCUAUAGUCUAUUGCAGUUACUCGUUUUCUGGACGUUUUAUAUUUAUUGAAUAGUGCCUACCUCGUUUCUUCAGUUUUUUAGUUUUUAUUUAAUAAAUUAAACAUAAAAUCAAAUUUUAUGAUACCGUAUCAAUACAAUUGGGGUUAUAGAACUAAAACCAAAGUAGUAUUUUUUAUUCACAUUGAAAUCUAACUUAUAAUUAUAAUGAUCUAGCUAGCUUUUUAUUUUUUUUAUUAAUAUUUACUAAUGUUUACUAUGUAAUAUAUAUAAUUUGUCCCAUUUAUAAAGUAUAAAACUUGGGCCGCGUGUGUCUUGUAGCAAUUAGAUUUGUCAAAUGUAAAAUAUGCAUUAUGUAUAUAAAAUUCUAGAAUUCGCAUAUUUCAAUAAUUGUAUAGAAUAUGAAGUUUUAAACUUAACAACAUUGUGAUUUUUUGAACAGUCACAAGUCUAGUAUGUGAACAUUUUUGGAACUUAUUUAUAAUUUGUAUAAUCAUUUUAUACAGAAUGUCCACUGUUAAAUCAUGUUUGUGUACACUACACACUGAUAUUGCACAAAAUGGUAGUAAUUUGGAUGUUCAAGCUGCCCAACAGCGCAUUUUUCAGAUAAAUCAGUAUUUCAAAAGUGACAUCACAUUUAUCGAAUCUGAGUUAGCUCUCAAAAUUUUAUUUGCGGAUGAUAAAGGAAUUAUAUGUUUUGCAAAAUCGAUCAUCAGCUUAGAUCCAAUAAAUACUAAAAUAAUUACAGUUGAUAUUCUGUUCUUAUUUCAACAGUUAAUUGAGUCAUUUCCUAUGUAUAUUGUAAAUUACAUAAAAUCAAUAAUGAAUUUAUGUAAUCUAUCCACCAUAACUUAUAAAAAAAAUGCAGACUUAAGUAUAAGAACUUACCAAUUAUAUGAAAAACUAUUAGAGACAAAGCAUUUCAGUGAUCAAAUUGAAAUUAAUAAAAUAGUUGAACACUUAAAUAAUCAAGUUUCGUUAGGUGACAAAAUACCCUCUACAGCCCGCCAGCAUAUAUAUAAUCUAUUUGGUGUAAUUGCUCAACAUCAUCCUAUGUACUUAAAAGAUUAUGAAGAUAAACUCAUGAAUCUGUUUUGUUAUGAACUCCAAAGUCAAAUAGAUAUAAGGGAGACAAAUUUAAAAAAAUUUUUACCUCCCGUGGCUGUAGGAUGUUUAAAUGGAUUGACAGGAUUUUUAAAUAAUUUUGCUGACCAUAUCAAAACUCGUGAUUAUUGUCUACGAUUAUAUGAAAUAUUAAAAAAAUUAAUUGGAAUUGUUGAAGAGAAUAAAAGACAUGUUAUUAAUCGAACUGGUCUAAAUUUAUUUCAAAAACAUAUUCAAUUAUUUUUAAAGUUAGUAUUUCAAAAUUCAACUGAAGUUAUGUGGUUUCAAAAAAAACUUUGGGAUUGGAGUUUAUUGCCAAAUAUAGAAGAUAAAAAAAUUGGAUUAUCUUCUUUUGAAAUUUUUCAUAAAGGCGCUUCAAUAGAAUUUUCAAGACAAAAUAAAAUAAUUGAAUCAAAUAUCAGUAAUAUUCAACAAGAAAUAAUAAAAAAUAUGAUUAUGUUUUUACAAUUAAAGUUAUGUGAUAUCAAAUUAAAUUAUCAAGAACAUGCUGUAGUAGUAAGAAGUAUUGGCUGGUUAGCCGAACCAUGCAAUAAUCUUUUGGGAGAAAAAUAUUUAGUUGAAAUAUUUAAUAUUUUUUCAUUACAAGCUGAAGAAAAAUAUUUAAAUUGUCCAAUGGGAAAAAAAACUUAUGAUCCAAAUGCAGCUAAUUAUUUAAAUUCAUUGUCAUUGAUUAUAAGAAAUAUUAAAUCUUUAAACACUGAUCAAUUUUUAUUUAUUCAAAAAUUAAGCAUUUAUUGUUUUAAUGAUUUUAUAUCUGCUCAAUCAAAAUCUGAAUGGCAAGACAAUAUUAGUAAUGCUAUAAUUAUUUCAAUAUACUGUCUAGCAUUAUCACAUGGAAACAUUUUGGAUAAGUACUUAAAACAAUUAUUUUAUAUGGGAUUAAUAAAAUCUUGUUCACAUCGUGCAGCUAUUGAUGCUGAAAUAGUAGAAAAAUAUACUGGGCAUGUAUUAAUUAAAAGCACUAAUUAUGUUUCACUUUGGAUAUCACUAUUAAAAGCACAUCAAUGUCAUUUAUUCGAUUUAUAUUUAAAUAUACCAAUAAUAGUAAAAUCUACACUUGAAAAAUCACUGAUGUGUAGUUUUAUGUCCAGUGUCUUGAAAAUAAUAAAAAAAUUAGAUUUAUCUACAAAUAAAUCUUCAGAUGAAUUGGAAGUUGAGUAUAUUGCUAGAAAACCCGCAGACAUUACAGCAUUGGUUAAUUUAGUUGAAAUCUACAGUGAUAUAUUGCAUAACCUUGAACUUGAUAUUGAAUCUGCAUCUUCAUGGUUGCCUUAUACCCUUAAUGUUAUUAUCAAUCAUUCUAUUGAAUAUCCAACUAUUAGUUCAUUGUAUAGAAUAUUAGCUGUUAUUUUUCAAGAGUUAGAUUGGCGCACAUUUUUGGAAAAAAUUAAUAAUAAUAGUAUUAAAGAAAAAAUUAUAGAAUAUGUGAAUUGUGUUAUGGUAUAUGCACAUACAUUUAAAGGAGAUUUACAGUAUUGCUGUCUUAAUAUGUUUAUGUGUUUACCUUCUACUAUUGUUAAAGAAAUAUUUAAUACUCAGAUAGUGGAAGUUGUAAAAUCUACAUUAAUAGUGGGUUCAAUAUUUUUACCUAUGGCAAAAAGUGCAGUAAAUGCUCUUAAAAGAUGGCAACAAGAUUUAUCAAAGAGUGAAAUGGAUCAACUUUUAAAAUGUAUCAUGCCGUAUCUUGAUUUGUUACUUAGAACUAAAGGAUAUGAUAACGAAGUUGAAUUAAAUAAUUUAGUACUAGAUCAAAUGCAAGUACAAGAUAAUAGAAAAAGGACAUUACUUAAACAAGAUAAAUUAAUUAUGAAACCAGAGACUGAAUUAGAGAUUGUCCAAAUUCAAAUUCUUGAAUAUUUAUCUCGAUUGGAUAUGUCUACUUGUUUAGAACUUCUGGGAGACCCAGAUAGACUUAUAAACUAUCCACGCAAUAUAAUAAAUUACAAAUUAUCAUUUAAUGAUUGUAAAAUAAACAUUUCUUUUGAUCAUCUUCUUCCUAGAAUAUUAGAGCUAUGCCAAUAUUGUAGCAAUCGUCAAAUUCGAUUUACUGCAUGUGAGAUUUUUCAUGCCUACAUUAUACUUUAUCUUGGAAAUAAUCUUACAUUAGAACGUUCUAAACCAACAGAAAUGGAAAUAGUUACAACAAAAAUUAUUCCAAUAGUUAUAAAAUUAGCUUGUGAUAUGGAUAAUUUAAUUCAACAACUUUUUGAACCUUUAGCAAUUGGGGUUGUGCAUUAUUUUGCAAGCGGAAUCCAGUAUAAUAGUAUUUAUACCCCUAUAAUUAUUGAUAUAUUAAUGGAUAGUAUAUCAGAAAAUAGCAAUGAAGCCGUCAGAGAUUUUUCUGCAAAAUGUAUUAUGGAAUUUUUACGUUGGACAUUAAAAGAUGAUAGUUUAUCACAACAACUUUCAAUUAGCUUGCGUAUUAUUAUAAAAAAAAUUAAAUCUUUUUGUUUGCAUCCUAAUCCAAAUAAGCAGCUAGGAGCUGCUGUUGCCUUUAAUUCUUGCUACACUAUACUACGAGAAGAUGAAACUAUUAUUAAUGAAUUGUGGAUUCAAUUAUUAUAUUAUUUUAUUGUUAAACUUGAUUCAACCAAAUCAACAAAUUCAGAACAACACAUAUUAAAAUCCUUGGAUCAUCUACAAAGAGUGUUUUUAGAAAAAUCUAACUUAUUUAAUGAAAUUUGUACUUCACGAAUAAUACCAAAACCAUUUCUUGGAACUCAAUUAUUUAAUGUAGUUGAAUGGCUUUUAAGAUAUAUUGGUUCACCAAUGACCAUUUGUAGAUCAAAGUGUUUUGAUAUGGCAAAUUCUCUUUCUAAGAAUGUAAAAGAUCAUAAUUCAUUAAAAAGUAUAUUAAAUUCAUUUAAAGUAUCACACGGAGAAAAAGAAUUAAUAAACUGUAUUGAACGAGAUUUAACUUCGUUUAAAGUUUUGACAAACAUUGACAUAUUAAUACAUUGGUUAAAUCAACUUAUCGCUACUUUAGAUUGUUAUACAUCACUUUUUAAAGAAAGUAUGAUGGAUAUUACACUAUUGAAAAAUCCUUGUUCAUGUUUGUUUCAGUCUAUUCAUCAGUUUCUAUUUCAUAUAGAAGAAUUAAGUUUAAUGCAAUGGUUAACAUAUUUAAAUACACCAUUAAAAAAAAAUGACAAAAAUAUUAUUAUUCAAUCCAGAUAUUUUAAUACUUUAAAAAACCAUGUUAUAGUUGGUAUUUUUCAAUUUAUAAAUGUAUUUGAAAAUAAUUUAAUUUAUGGAUUAUUAGAUGAAGCAAGUCAGGAGAAAAUUUAUGAUCUUGCUAUCAAAUAUCUUUUUGAUUGUGAAAUGGUUUACUCUGAUGAAAAAUUAAAUCUCCAUAAACUAGUAAUACUUCAAUAUAUUAAGAUGCCAUAUAUUUCAAAUAAAUUUAAUAACAAAUUGAAACAGCAUCUUUCAAAAUAUUGGUCUGAAGUUGAUUUCAAUUUCAAUACAUUAACUGAAUAUACAUUUAAAAGAAAUUUUAUUGCUGUAAAUCAGCUGAUCCUUGAAUGCCAUAUAUUUCUAACCCUGGAAUUUGAAGAAAUUGUGAAUCGAAAAUAUAUUCUUGAAAAUGUAUUUAAUUAUGUUUACAAUGAUGGAGUUAUUGUAAAUGUUGAAUCAAUUAGAUUGUCAUACUUGGAAAAUUUGAUAGAAUUUUUAAUAAAUCUUGAUUGUGGGAAUGAUAUAAUAACAUUAUUAAUCAUGGAUAAAAGCUAUAUUAUUGACACCAAUAAAUACAAAUAUGAAUUAUUCAGUCAGUAUUUCUUUAGUUUGUUUAGUAAACCAAUAACUAAAUAUUAUUUGAAAAAUCCUGAAAUUUUUGCUACUAAAUUGCUUACUGAAUAUCCAUUAAAUGAUCAAAUAUUUUAUGUGAUCUUAGAAGUUCUUAAAACAUCUAAUAAUAAAAAGAAAGAUUUCCAAGGAAAGUUACUAAUUGAAAAAAUUGUGAAUAAUAGACAAUUCUGUGAACAAUUUAAAAAUAAAUUUUCUUGGAAUGAAAUAUUUGAGUUUGUGGAAUUAUCAUCAAAUGUAAUUGAUACCUUUAGAUAUGAAAGUAUGACAUUUUUUCAACAAUGGAUUUGUGAGCAUUUGACUAAUAACAAUUUAAAUAUUUAUCAUAAAUGCCGACUUUUGGGAUUUUUACCAAAAUUAGUCUCUAAUCAACAUUUUAAAGAAAGUCUUGAUUGUACUAUUAGAAAAUGUCUUAUUGACUUAAGAGAUAAACAUUUUCCUGGAACCUCAUCAAAAUUAAAACCUCACAGUAUAGAUCUUACUAAUAUAGUUACUACUUUUCAAAAAAUCUUAACUGCUAUGGAGUUGAGUUCUUCUUAUUUAUUAUUUGAAAUAAUAGUUGAAUGGUGUGUUAAAGAUCCCAACCAUGUAAUUAUCGAACGAGUGAAUAAUUGCUUACGUUAUUUUUUUCAAAGACUAUCUGAUGAAACUCAACUUAUAUGUUGUAAUUUUGUAUAUAAAAUGUUUCGAAAUGAUUUUAUUUCUGAGAGUAGAAGAGAAAUGAUUGUAAAUAUUUUUCUAGUUCCUAUAAUGUCUUUUUGUAGAAAAAAUGUCAUUACAAAAUUUUAUACAGAUAUAAUUGAUUUUAUUUUGAAGACAGUAAAUGAGAAUCUUUUGGCAAAUGACAGUGGAAAAGCACGACAUUUAUUAAUAUCAAAAAUUGCUUGUUUUAAGCUUAUAGAAGAGAUGUUCAAGUUCUUUACCAACAUAGAACUUAAUAAUGGUUGUACAAUACCAUACACAUAUAAUGGAAAUGAUUCUAAAAGUUUAAUAACUCAAUUUAGAACUUCUGCAGUAAAAGUUCGUUAUAGUAAUGUUGAUUACACAAAAGGAUCAAAUGAAAUAAAACAAUUAUUUAGACAGUUACAUUGUUAUUCAUUUAACACACUUAUAACUAUUAUUAGCAACACUGAGGAUGAUGUUGAUAAAUACACAAUAUUUUUGUUUAAUGAGCGUCCACCAAAACAAUUUAUUUGGAGAAAUUUAGUAGAUUGUUCUAUAAGUUAUGAAUUUCCUAUAGAUUUUGAAAUGAUACCACAGCGGAAAAAAAAACUAAUUAACAUAAGGACCAAAUCCAAUCAGAAUAUACCUGAAGUAUAUAUUGAUUUGAGUAGUCAUUUAAAAAAUACACUUAUUGAAGAUUUGGGAAGCUAUGAUUAUAAUAAUUCUUAUUUAAGAUCUGACUUUGUAGAAGAUUGUUCAAUACCAAAUUCUCAAUCCCUUCAUCAAAUGUUAAGUGUCGAACUAGAAAUGGAUAAUUUCAAUAAUCACGAAUGUAUGGCACAUUUAUGUGCUGUUGUAAAAUACUUAACUUCAGAAAACAUAAUUGGCAGUACAAAAAAACUUAAUGUGGAUAUGCCAAAAUGGAUGAAUAAUUUAAAACUAGUAUUCUACGAUAAUUCAACUGACACAAUAAAUUCAAAAAUAUUGCUCAUAAAAUUAAUAAUUAAUUGUGAAACUGAUUUUGAACCAUAUGCGAAACACUGGCUUAGUCCUAUAAUGCAAUUUGUAUUAGAUAAACAUCUUGGGAAUAAUUUAAAUUAUUUUAUAAUUGAUGUGGUAUCAAUGCUUGUUUCAUGGCAUAAUAGUGCAGUUCCUUCCACAAAAAAUGAGAAACUCCUAGCUAAAAAGUUAUUUUCUUUUCUUUUGUCAGUUUCCCAUAGUGAAAUAAAAAAUAUAUUUAAGCACAACAUGGAAUUUAUUAAAUUUAUUGUUGAAAGUUGGAAAUGCUCACUAGAAAUGGAUUAUGAUGAACUUUUGUCUUUAAUAAAACCAAAUCAAAUAAAUAAUAAAUUACUAGAAUGUGGUUUACAUUUAAUUGGAAUCUUAUCUGCCAAUGGUAUUACACCAUUCAAUGAAUUAAAUAAAAAAAAUUUUUUAAGUUUGCUUAUGGAAAGCUUAAAACAUAAUAAUCAAGUGAUUUAUGUGCUUAGUUCAGAAAUAUUUGGAAUGCUGUUAAAGAUCUAUUAUGAAAAUUCAAUAAAUGAAAUGGAAUUGUUACAGUGUCUGUCCUCAGUUUUAACUUUUACUGAAAGCAUGGAUGCAACAAAAAUUUUAAGUUGUCUGUAUUAUAUCCAUAAGCAUUACUCAAAGAUUAUUGACAGUUAUUUGGAUGAUUUGUUUCAUAUUUUUGAAAAAUUACAAGGUGUUCACAGAACUCAAUGUUUAGAAAUGAUUCUAAAUAGAUUGGCUAUAAUUAAUAAUUCAUAUGAAAAAAUUACAGAACUAAAUGAUUUUUUUAACAUAUUAAAAGACAACGGAACUAAUGAUCAACUAAUAUGUCUAAAAAUUAUAUUACAACUUAUACCAACUGUUCAUCCCGAAAAUAUGAUUAUGUUAAUAAAAAUAAUUGCUGAUAUUUCACAACAACACAAUAAUGAACAUAGAAAGUUGAUUUAUGAAAUUAUGUAUAUCACGUAUGACAUUUAUUUAGGAAAUAAUGAUGAUACUUCAAAACAAAUUACAGAAGAAUGUAAAAUAGUCUUAUUAAAUGGUCUAAUAGAUAAUGAUGAAGAACUUCGACAUAAAGUAUUUAGAUUUUGGGCAGAUGAUAAGAGAUUACCAUUGAAAUGUGCUGAUCGUUUACUAAUUCUUUUGGAUCAACUUUACUCACCAAAUAUUGAAUCACAUUUUUUAGGAAACUUUGUUAGCAUAUUACUAGAAUCAUGCUGUACAGCUUUAGAUUUUGAUCAAAAAAUAUUUCAAUAUCCUUUGCAUGCUUGUGAAUUUGAAGAUUAUAAUUUAACAGCAUCAUGGCGUGCAAAGCAUACAUCUACUUUUCCUAAAUUUGCUGACACAAUAGUUAGCCAACUUAACCAUUCAAAUAUGCUUGGAAAUUUUGAAUCAAAUACUAAGGAAAAAUUCCUAAUAAAAAAUACAAUGACUUUACAGUUUCAACCAACUAUAAUUCAAUCUCAACUAACUGAUAAUAUUUCAACUCUAGAAUCUUAUUCUCAAAUGUCAUCAGAUGAAGUAAACAUUUCUACUUUAGGUGUAAAUCAACAGAGCUGGACUCAACAUUUUGAUAAUAUACUUAAUUCGGAAUCACAUUUUAUACAAAAAAAAAAAGUUCGUAUAUUGCGUAACAAAUCGAUGAUAAGUAAACAUUUUGCAAUAAAAAGUAUACAAACAAAUGUUAAACGUGAAAUAUUUAAGAAAGAAAGAGCACAAAAACGUGAAUCAUCUGUUAAUACGUAUAGAAAAUAUAGGAUUGGGGAUUUUCCUGAUAUUGAAAUUACAAAUGCAUCUGUGAUUAAGCCAUUAAUUGAAUUAUCUAAAAGGGACAAUAAUAUUGCAAGGAUAAUUUCUUCAUCAAUCAUGUACGGAUUGAAAAAUAAUCCAAAAGUUAAUGAGCAAUAUUUUGAAAGUUUGAAUAAAUCUUUAAUUACUAUGUUAAAUCAUAGUCAUGGUAAUCAUAGUCUUACAGGGUUUAUCUUAGAUACAGCAUACUGUUAUCCUACUCAAAUUAAUUUAGAUCCAAACAAAGUAACUGAAGUUGCAACAUCAUGUGGCUUAAUGUCAUUAGGCGCAUUAGUUAUAGAAACAUCAAUAAAUAAUUUACAAUCAAAAGAAGUUGAUGUACACAUUGAAAAGAGAUCUAAAAUUACAUAUAAAUGUCUAGACGAUAAUUGGAUAAAAUUGGCCGAGAUAUACAAAAAUAUGGGUGAAUUGGAUGUUGUUGAAGGUAUAUUUCAGGAAAAAAUAAAAAAUUUAUCAUGUGAUUCAUUAAAAGAGGCAUUGAAAGCUGAACAAUCUCAAGAUUGGCGAAUGGCUCAAAUAAAGUUUAAAUCAGUAUUGGAAUGUAAUGAUGAAAAUAUAAUUUUAGAAAGUGACAAAGAUUUUUUGUUUGAAGAAUAUUAUAAAUGCUCAGAGAAUUUAUCUGAUUGGAAAGAAAUCAACAAAAUGUUAAAAUAUCAAACUGGAGAAAGUUAUGAGAAAAUUUGGGACAAUAAUUGGUACAAAAAUCAUCUUUUACGUAGAAUUUUACAUUCAGAAUUAAAUGAAAUACUUACUGGCAUACCUAAUGAUAAAUUUAUAAAAAUAUUUAGCAAUUGGUUAAAUGAUAGACAUAAAGAAAAAUAUAUAUUGACACGUAUACCAGCCCAAGCUUGUAUGAUAUUUUUAUGUUGUGAUGAUUUAAAUAAAGCACAGCUAUGGUGCAAACUUGGAAUGCGUAAUUUUCUCAAAGAAUGGGAAAACAUAUCACCCCAAUAUUAUAAGCUACGAGCUGAUAAAUUAUUAAAUUUACAAACACUCUCAGAAAUCUAUUAUUUCAUUAAAUCGUCUUCAAAUAAAUCUAAUGAUUAUACUAAAAUAAUUAGAAGACAAAUUCAAAUCUGGCAAUCACAACUGCCUAUAGAUUCUGACUCAUUAUUAUUGUGGGAUACCAAAAUACUUACCAGAUCAAUUUUCUUAAAUAAGAUCAACACAGAUAUAGAUGAUUUACCAUCAGAUGAAAAAUGUUGUUUAAAAAAAUUUUUAGAAAAUUAUGAAAUGAAAUCAUUAUUAGCUCUAAUUGAAAGUGCUAUAAAUAAAAAUAAUUUCUAUGUUGCUAAAAAAUACAUGAAUGAAUUUAGAUUUGAAAAUAUUGAAAAUUCGACAUCAGACUAUAUACUUUGUCGUAGUAAAAUAUUAGCAAUGUCUAGUUGUUAUACAAUUGAUGUAGAAAAAAAACUUAAAUACUAUUUAAAUUCUUGGUCAGAAUUAGAUAAUAUAAUCAAAGAACAGUGUUCUCAAAUUUGUUUAUUAAAAACUAAUUUUCAUAUUGCAAAUAUUUCUAAAAAUAUAGCUCAUAUUUUACAAGAAGUACCAGAUAUUAAUUUAUUAUCAAAAAAUGUAUUAUCGGAAAUAAUGAGUAAAAUAAAAAGCAACAUACAAUUUGAUAGCCUUACUGAAGUCUUACAACAAAUUGAUUGUACUAUUAUACAGAACUUAAAAAAUUGCAUACAUAUUGCUUUGAAUAGUAAUUUAUGUACUAAAACAAUUGUUGAUUCUCAUUUGAUGUUAGCUCAAUAUUGUUUAGAGGAGUUAAAUUUUAAAGAAAGCAAUAAAGACAAUCAGAAAUGUAUGGUAUUUAUAGAAUCUGUUUUAAAAGCAAUGAAGUAUGGCUCUAAAAAAGCAUCAGAAUUAUUUCCUAUUAUAUUACAGUUUGAAAAUCUCUCUUACAAUUCAUUAAAAGAAACAUUUAUUUUAGAAGCUCAAAAUGUUCCUGAGUAUAUGUUCCUACAAUGGAUAAAUCAGAUUUUAGGUUGUUUGGAUUCUCCUUUAAUUAAUGUAAUUGGUCCGCUUUUAAUUCGUUUAUGUCAAGUAUAUCCUAAGGCUACACUGUUACCUUUGAAAAUUUUUAUGGAAAGAAACGUGUACAAUAAUAAAGAGUGUGAAACAUUCUUAAAAGCUAAACUUAUUCCAUUAAUAUCUGAUAUUUAUUUUGACAUGUUUAUAAAAGCUAUAAGUAAUGUUUGUUGUCCAUUUACUCAGCUCCUAGAAUACAUAAAUGAUGUCCAAGAGAGUAUAAAAACAAAUAAUUUGAGUUUGAUUAUAUUGGUGUUUGAAAAUAUGUUUAAGAACUGUUUUAUAACUAAAGAAAAUCAACAAUUUAAAGGAAAGGAAUUUAAAACAUUAGAUAUCUUUAAAGAUAAUCUUAAAUUAAUUUUUGACAAAUUCCAAUCAUCUAAUACUAAUCUAAAUGAUGUUUGUAUGGAAUUAAUAACAAUUAAAAAACAAGUAGAUACUCAUAAAAAUGAAUACUAUAGGAGAAAAUUGUCUACUAAUUUAAUAAAUUAUUGUCCUUGGCUAGCUCUGUAUGCUAAUCAUAAUAUAGACACUAUUGAAAUUCCAGGACAGUAUUGUGGAACGAAAAAACCUAAUACUGAAAAUCAUAUUACUAUCACAUCAUUUAAACAAAAUGUACGAGUAAUAUUUUCAAUGAGAAAUCCAAUUAAAAUUACAAUGAAUGGAAAUAAUGGAAAAAAAUAUAGUUUCUUAAUCAAAUUUGGUGAAGAUUUAAGGCAAGAUCAACGAAUUCAACAAUUACAUAAUGUAAUAAAUGAUACAUUGUUAAACAAUUUGUAUUGUUGUGACAGACAACUAUCACUUUUAACUUAUAUAGUGUUUCCAAUAUCAAAAAAAUUGGGUAUGAUUGAAUGGAUUAACAACACAGUCACAUUAAAAGAUUUUAUUUGUGAAUCAUUUCCUGGUGGUAAAGAUUCUGGAGUUAAACAGUUACAUUCUAAAGUUGUUGAACAUUACCGUUGGUUGUCUGAAAAGUCUGAUUCUUCAAACAAAUUGAUUGUCUAUGCACAAGCAACUAUGAAUUAUAAUAGAAUGGUUACCGUAGCAAAAUUUAAACAACUUGUUCAAUCAAUUCCUGCUGAUAUAUUAAGGAAAUCUUUGUUGAAUUUAUGCCAUUGUGCUGAAAUGUAUAUUUGCUUGAGAUCAAAAUUUAUAACCAGUUUCUCAGUACUUUCAAUUUGUCAUUGGAUAUUGGGAAUUGGUGACAGACAUCUAGAUAACACAAUUGUAUCAACAAAAACAGGAUUUUGCAUAGGGAUUGAUUUCAAUUUCGCUUUUCAUACAGCGACUAGUAUACAAGUUAUACCUGAAUUGAUACCGUUUAGAAUGUCUCCUCAUAUUGUUUCUUUAAUGGCACCACUAAAUUUAACAGGUUUUAUUCGUGAAACAAUGGUACAUACACUUAAAACUUUAACUGAUAAUCGAGAAAUGAUACUGUCUGUGAUGCAAGUAUUUAUUAAUGAUCCUUCUGCAGACUGGGUAAAAAUGGCCAAAACUGAAAUUUUGAGAAUUAAUGGUGACUUUGACUUAAAAGAAAUACAAUGGUUUCCUAAAAAAAAAAUACUCUCAGGCAAAGACAAAAUGAAUGGAAUUAAUCCUAUUGAAAUAUUAUGCCGUGAACUUGAAAUUUCUUGUAUACCUAAUGAUUACAAAAAGGCAUUGCUUAAUAUACUUAAAAGUGAUUCUCAAAAUAAUACAUACAAAAGGUCAAAACUACAAAAAUGUAAUAUUACACAUAAUCAACAGAUUGAUUGUCUAUUAGAUAUUGCAACCGACCAUCAAAUUUUAUGUCUAGCUUAUAGUGGUCUUCAACUUUGGGUUUAAUUUAAACUUUCUUUUUUAUAUAUAUUUUUUAAAUUUUACAUAUUUAUAAUUUAUCUGUAAAAAAACAAAACUAUCUAAUAGUUAAAUUUUGUAAUUUAUAUAAUUUUAAGUUUAAAAAUAAAUAUGAGUAUCUAUAUUAUAUAAUUAUAAUAAUUUAUUUAUUAUCUAAGUUCAUUACUAUUGUCACAAUUUAUUAAAAUAUUUUAGAAUAUACUUAAUGCAUCAUAAACCA